AUGUCUGCCACCUCUCAUCAUCACGACCUUCUUGAAAUCACCACAUCGACCGAAUUAGCCUCGGAUAAUAUACAGAAAAACAGGGCAUGGGAUUCCACGAACGAGAAUGAGAACAGAACAGAGAGUCUGGCGAAACGACCAAGCUCAAUGGCCCUUGAGCUCGACGAAACUGACAGCCCAGAACACCACACCAGGAUAGAGCUGUCUCACGAAGACUACACCGUUGUAUGGUGGAGCCAAUCCAUGGUCACGUGA